AGCCUGGAAGAAGUGGACAAUGGGAAGAUUCUUGGAUUCGGAGCAGAUUUGGCAGAGGACCACCCAGGCUUCAGGGACCAGGCAUACAAAGACAGAAGGAUGGCAAUUGCAAAUAUUGCUCGCAGACACAGAGUGGGAGAUCCCAUUCCGCGACUGGAAUACACGCCAGAGGAGUUGCGUGUCUGGCGGACAGUGCUGCGCGAGCUGCAUGAACUCUACCCCGAUGGAGCCUGUGCGGAAUUCCUCCGCUCGUACCCGCUUUUUGACUUCAGAGAGGAUGACGUGCCACAGCUAGAGGACUUGUCGCAGGUUCUCAGGCGUGAGACCGGAUGGCAGAUCCGGCCUGUUGCAGGGCUGCUGCAUCCGCGCGAUUUCCUGAACGGCCUGGCCUUCCAGACAUUCCACUCAACACAGUACAUGCGCCAUCCAUCCCGGCCCAUGUACACACCGGAGCCCGAUGUGUGCCAUGAACUCUUGGGGCACGUGCCCAUGCUGGCAGACCCGGACUUCUGCGACAUGGUGCACAGCAUCGGCGUGGCGUCCCUGUGCGCAGAUGACUCGCAAAUCUGGCACCUGACAAAGAUGUAUUGGUUCACCGUCGAAUUUGGCGUCGUCAUGGAGGGUGAUGAGAAGAAGGCCUUUGGCGCGGGGAUCUUGUCAAGCUAUGGAGAGAUGGAGCACAUGCGCAGUGGAAAGGCAGACUUUGUGCCAUUUGACCCCCAUGCUAAGCAGCCCAAGAUGUCCUACAAGGAUGGCUAUCAGAACCGAUACUUUGUCUUGAACAGCUUCAAGGAUGGUGCUGAGAAGCUGCGGAACUACUGCUCAGAGAUCACGCCACCCGACAUAGUGGCACGAUUCCUCAACAAGGCCACCCCUGCCUUCAGUAAUGGCCAUCAGAUCCGGGCAGGCCAGAUUUGA